AUGGCCCAGGCAGAAUCUUCAGCCAGCGCUGCCCGCAAUGGACUCAAACCCCAUACGGCCGGCGCUCCUCCCGACUACGAGCUCCCUUGGGUCGAGAAGUACCGCCCGAUCUUCCUAGAUGAUAUUGUGGGCAACACCGAAACGGUUGAACGUUUGAAGAUUAUCGCCAAAGAUGGGAAUAUGCCACACGUUAUAAUUUCUGGCAUGCCUGGUAUCGGAAAGACAACCUCGAUUCUGUGCUUGGCAAGGCAAUUGCUGGGGGAUGCAUACAAGGAGGCUGUGCUUGAGCUGAACGCCAGUGAUGAAAGAGGUAUUGAUGUUGUGCGCAACCGGAUCAAGGGCUUCGCCCAGAAGAAAGUCACACUGCCUCCUGGCCGUCACAAGAUAGUGAUCUUGGACGAGGCAGAUAGUAUGACGUCUGGUGCCCAACAAGCGCUACGACGUACCAUGGAGAUCUACUCGUCUACAACUCGAUUCGCCUUUGCAUGCAAUCAAUCGAACAAGAUUAUCGAGCCCAUUCAAUCCCGAUGUGCCAUCCUUCGUUAUUCCCGGUUGACAGACGGCCAGGUCGUGAAGCGGUUGAAACAGGUGUGUGACGCCGAGCAGGUGGAACAUAAUGAGGAAGGAAUUGCUGCAUUGGUAUUCAGCGCAGAGGGAGACAUGCGUCAAGCCAUUAACAACCUCCAAAGUACAUGGUCAGGGUUUGGCUUUGUCAGCGGGGACAAUGUCUUCAGGGUGGUCGAUAGCCCACACCCCAUCAAGGUUCAAGCCAUGAUCAAGGCCUGCUGGGAAGGGAAGGUGGACGUUGCUCUCGACACACUGAACGAGCUGUGGGACCUGGGAUAUUCUUCACAUGAUAUCAUCAGCACUAUGUUCCGAGUAACCAAGACUAUUCCCUCUCUGUCAGAACAUUCCAAGCUCGAGUUCAUUCGUGAGAUUGGUUUUACACACAUGCGCAUCCUGGACGGUGUACAAUCCGUGCUGCAGCUAAGCGGUUGCGUCUCUAAGCUUUGCAAGAUCAACAUGAAACCCCAGCUUUUUGAGCCACCGAGGAGCUGA